AUGGCUGGAUUCACUUUGCCUGCACUUCCGGCUGUUGGAGCUGCCUGGGGACCUCCAUCGGACCCCCAGGGUGAGCUUUUGUCUCAAUACCACGACGUUCCUUUCGCGCCCUUCUCCAAGGGUGACAAGCUUGGCCGUACCGCGGACUGGACUCAGGAGGCUGGAAAGGAAGGUGCUAGGGGUGAUCAGGGCAAGCAGAGAGGCGCUUUCGGACGCUUCAGAGAUCAAUACCAGGCUUACGGUGCCGGUGUCACUUCUCAGUUCGCCUACCAGCACGGUGAGGAUGAGGCUUCUUUCUCCGUCGUCGAGAACCGCGCUUCUACCAAAACUCGUCUCGGUGGUCGUUCCGGAGGAUACGCUACCCGUGGCAACCGUGGUGGACGUGGUGCCGCUCAGCAGCGCGGCGGUCGUGGCGGUGGAUUCUCGCGUAUCGGCGGUCGUGGACAGCAGCAGGAUGGUCGUCGUGGCGGCGCGCAGGCUGGCCGUGGUGGACGUCGUUUCGGUUGGAAGGACUGGGACAAGCCUCAGCGCAUCCGUGACGCAUCCGUCACUCCCACCUCUGAGUGGACGAUGCUUGAGGAGAUCGAGUUCAACCGUUUGGCUAAGCUCUCUUUGGAGGCUAUGGAGGGUGAGGAUGUUGAGACUUACGGAUCGGUGAACUACUACGACAAGACUUUCGACAAGAUUACUACCAAGAACUCCGCUCCUUUGCAGGUCAUUGAGCGCGUCAGAUACAACCCUACCACCUCCGUCGACCCCGUUGUUCAGAAACUCGCCAACGAGGGCAAGGCCAACGUCUUCGCUACCGACUCUAUUAUCUCCAUGUUGAUGUGCGCUCCUCGUUCCGUCUACCCAUGGGACAUCGUCCUCGUCAAGGAGGGUGACAACCUCUACCUCGACAAGCGCGAGGGCGGACCUUUCGACUUUGUCAGCGUCAACGAGAACGCCGUCGAGGCACCAAUGGAGGCCACCGACGGUAAGGAGACCAUUAACACCCCCGCAUCCCUUUCCCUCGAAGCCACCUACAUCAACCACAACCUUGCUCAGCAGACCAUCAAGGAGGAAGAGCAGUACAAGUUCGACAAGGAGAACCCAUUCUAUAACCCUGAGGACGAGACCGAGCCACUGGCAUCCUGCGCAUACCGCUACAGGAAGUUCAACCUCAACGUCUCGGAGGACGAGGACCCCAUCAACCUCAUCAUCCGUACCGAGGUUGACGCCGUUCAGAAGACUCCCUCUGGUGAGGACCAGUUCGUCAUGAUCAAGGCCCUCAACGAAUUCGACAGACAAGGCGCCUCCGGCGGCAUCGACUGGCGCUCCAAGCUCGACUCCCAACGCGGAGCUGUCGUCGCCACCGAAAUGAAGAACAACUCCCUCAAGCUCGCACGAUGGGCCGUCCAAUCUAUCCUUGCUGGCGUCGAACAAAUGAAGAUCGGAUACGUUUCCCGCGCUACCCCCCGCGACGCACAACGCCAUGUCAUCCUCGGUGUCGCCGGUUACAAACCCAGGGACAUUGCGUCUCAGAUGAACUUGAAUUUGGAUAAUGGAUGGGGUAUCGUUCGUACGAUUAUUGAUUUGUGUUUGAGGAUGGAGGAUGGAAAGUAUGUUUUGGUUAAGGACCCGAACAAGAAUGUGUUGAGGUUGUAUGAGGUUCCUAUGUCGACUUUUGAGGAGGGUGAGGAGGGUGAGGAUGAGGAGGAGGCGCAGGUUGUUCAGGCUUAGAUUUUGGCAUGACACGCGCUUGAUCAGACAUUUGAAGAA